UUACUACACCCAGCAGUGUGAGUGUUUAAACCCUCAGCACUACUCGUGUUUUUUUCCUGGUUGCGAGCGAUGAACAUCCCUUCCUGAGUUUGUAUACAGGCAGCAUGAUGUCACUGAGAUUGGCUCCUCCCCUUCAACUGCUGUUUCUGCUCGUCUUGAUUUCACGAGUUGGUUCUCAGGAGUGGAGCGUGCAUUAUAGAUCAAAGUCUAUCUGUGCUCUAAAGGGAUCUACAGUGACGAUGAGCUGCAAUUACACAUAUCCAGCAGCUUACAAAGUUGAGAGAGCUUUCUGGAGCAGACAAUUGGCUAUAGAAAAUGAGCCUCCUGAUCUGUCAUUGGACCCGAAGUACCAAAGCAGGGUCCAGUACCUCGGAGACAGACUGGGUAAUUGCGGUCUCAGACUGAGUGGUGUGACAGAACAAGACCAAGGCAAAUACUACUUCAGGUUUAUAACGACCCCUGCAGAAAAGUAUCAAGGUAAAGAUGGAGUUCACCUUUCUGUCAGAGAGCUUCAGGUUGUGAUUCCUGAUACGGUGGUUGAAGGAAAAGCAGUCACUCUCACAUGUAAAACCGGCAACAGAAUAAGCAGCAAUUCAACAUUUAUCUGGAACAAAAAUGGAAGUCGUCUACCCUCCUCGACUAACCUUCUCCACCUGCCGUCAGUAAGUCGGAGGGAUGUAGGCAGAUACAGCUGUGCUGUACAGAAACUUCAGUCCUGUGAAGUCACUCUUAGACUACAAUAUGUUCCAAAGAAUGUCUUAGUGUCCAUCAGUCCCUCUGGUGAGAUAGUGGAGGGCAGUUCGGUGACUCUGACCUGCAGCAGUGAUGCUAACCCACCUGUGGAGCUCUACACCUGGUAUAAGGGAAAAUCCUCCAUAGGAACAGGAAAAACCUACACCAUCAGUAAUAUCAGCUCUGCGGGCAGUGGGAAUUACACGUGCCAGGCUAAAAAUAAACACGGACAUCAGUCCUCUACUGCUGUGUCUCUGAAUGUCCUGUAUCCUCCAAAAAGAGUCUCAGUGUCCAUCAGUCCCUCUGGUGCGAUAGUGGAGGGCAGAACAGUGACUCUGACCUGCAGCAGUGAUGCUAACCCACCUGCAGUGUAUAACUGGUUUAAAGGAACAGUACUUAAAACCAAAGAAAAAAUCUACAUCAUUAAAAAGAUCAGGUCUGAGGACAGGGGAGAGUACAAGUGCAAGUCCAGCAACCGAUACGGAGAGAAACACAGUGAUGGAGUAACUCUAAAUGUUUUUUAUCCUCCAAAAAGCUCCUCAGUGUCCAUCAGUCCCUCUGGUGAGAUAGUGGAGGGCAGAACAGUGACUCUGACCUGCAGCAGUGAUGCUAACCCACCUGUGGAGUAUAACUGGUUUAAAGGAACAUUAUUCAUAAGCAAAGGAAAAACCUACACCGUUAAAAACAUCAGCUCUGAGAACACUGGAGAGUACAAGUGCAAGUCCAGCAACCGAUACGGAGAGAAAUAUUCUUAUAACACAACAGUAAAUGUAUUGUAUCCUCCUAAGAAUGUCUCAGUGUCCAUCAAUCGCUCUGGUGAGAUAGUGGAGGGCAGUUCGGUGACUCUGACCUGCAGCAGUGACGCUAACCCACCUGUGGAGCUCUACACCUGGUAUAAGGGAAAAUCCUCUAUAGGAACAGGAAAAACCUACACCAUCAGUAAUAUUAACUCUGUGGACAGUGGAGAUUACACGUGCCAGGCUAAAAAUAAACACGGACAUCAGUCCUCUACUGCUGUGUCUCUGAAUGUCCUGUAUCCUCCAAAGAGAGUCUCAGUGUCCAUCAGUCCCUCUGGUGCGAUAGUGGAGGGCAGUACAGUGACUUUGACCUGCAGCAGUGAUGCUAACCCACCUGCAGUGUAUAACUGGUUUAAAGGAACAGUACUUAAAAGCAAAGAAAAAAUCUACAUCAUUAAAAAGAUCAGGUCUGAGGACAGGGGAGAGUACAAGUGCAAGUCCAGCAACCGAUACGGAGAGAAACACAGUGAUGGAGUAACUCUAAAUGUUUUUUAUCCUCCAAAAAGCUCCUCAGUGUCCAUCAGUCCCUCUGGUGAGAUAGUGGAGGGCAGAACAGUGACUCUGACCUGCAGCAGUGAUGCUAACCCACCUGCAGAGUAUACCUGGUUUAAAGGAACAUUAUUUAUAAGCAAAGGAAAAACCUACACCGUUAAAAACAUCAGCUCUGAGAACACUGGAGAGUACAAGUGCAAGUCCAGCAACCGAUACGGAGAGAAAUAUUCUUACAACACAACAGUAAAUGUAUUGUAUCCUCCUAAGAAUGUCUCAGUGUCCAUCAAUCGCUCUGGUGAGAUAGUGGAGGGCAGUUCGGUGACUCUGAGCUGCAGCAGUGAUGCUAACCCACCUGUGGAGCUCUACACCUGGUAUAAGGUGAAUGAAAGCUCACCUGUAGGAUCUGGACAGAGUUACAGCUUCACGUUGAGCUCCAACAGCAGUGGAUGGUUUUACUGUGUGGCUCAGAAUAAAUACGGGACUCAGAGAGCCGCUGCGGUUCCUCUCAUUUUAAAUGGGAACCAAAAUGUGGUUCUGUAUAUAGCUGUUGGAAUCGCUGGUGGAUGUGGGUGUUUAUUUUUGAUCAUUGGUGUUUUAUGCAUCAGGAAAAAGAGAAGAGGAGGUUCAAAGGAUGCUGCAAAGUCUUUUUGGAAUGUUGAGUCGCGUCCUCCUGAUGACACCUACACAGCUCUUGAUCUUCCGACCAGGUUCUGCAAUGACUCGUAUCACACACGUGCAAAUGCCGAUUCGAGUCCUCCUGAUGACAAGUACGCAGCUCCUGAUCUUCCUGCCAGGUCCUCCAAUAACUCGUAUCACACACGUGCAAAUCUUCACUCCAGUUCUAUUGAUGACACAUAUACAGCUCUUGAUCUUCAGACCAUGUCCUCCAAUGACGUCUAUCACACACUUGGAUCAGUUCACCCCAAUCCUCCAGACGAAGUGUACACAUCUCUGGAUUUUCAGUUUAUCUCUUCUGAUUACCUCAAUAUACCAAUUGGAGGAAAUCAACACUGAGGCCUCAUGUAGAGUGUGUGUGAAAGAGAGAUGAUGACGAUGACGAUGACGAUGAUGAUGAUGAAUGAUGGAAUAGUUCCGAGCUGUGGAUAAAUACUACAGAGCUAUUUUCAGAUGGAAACCAAAAAAAAAACGACUUGAAAGUAGCAGAAGAACUCCUCCAGCAUGCUCAGUAAAACCUACCAGCUGUUGUCAGUCCUGAUAGUAAAACGGCUGGUAGGUUUUACUGAGCGUGCUGGAGAACAUGAGUUCUUCUGGUAACUUUGUCACACUUACUGCCUCCUAUUUUUUAAGGUUUUUGGUUUGUAUGAACAUAAUUCAUAAAUAUAAAAGGUACGUUGAGAUACGCAGUGGUAAAGUGCUCGCCCUAUCAUCCAGAGAUCGCUGGUUCGAACCCCGGGUGAUGCUGUUUUCCUCUGACAGCCGGAGGCACAGAGAGAGCUGAUUGGCCGAGCUCUCUCAGGGGGGAGGGAUGAGAGGUACUCGCGCUCCCACAUUAAUCACGUCUCUACAGCCAAUCAGGGGCGUCUGUGAGCUCGCGCACGCGGAAGGAGCGGCUAGCACUUUCCUCCGAGUGUGUUACUCCGCCCCUAACGGUGUGUGAGCGAGCAGUUCAAAAAGAUGCGGUCGGCUGGCGUCACGCGGUUCAGAGGAAACACGUGAUAGUCUUCGCCCUCCCAGCUGAAUGGUAGUAGUAGCCUUAUUGUGGGAGCCCCCUAGUGACGGGGAGGAAUUGGCCACGACAAAAGGGGGGAGAAAAUUGAAAAAAAAAAAAAAAGAGAAAUAGUGAAUGGUUUUGUACAUAAUAAUACAGACAUGAUGAGCAUAACAAAAUGAUUACAGAUAACGUACUAUAUGUAAUAAUUUCCACUGAAAGACUUUGGUACAGUACUGUACAUAUAUUUUUGCUAAAGUAGAACACUGUAUUCAUACUUUAUUAUUAUUUUAUAAGAAAAUUGCGUGCCAAUAAAGUUUUACAC